GCUCCACGCCCCUAUUUUGGUUGAUCUCCGCCAACAUGGCCGACGAAACGGCGAAAGCGCAGGUUGCCCAGCCGGGCGGAGACACAAUAUUUGGAAAAAUCAUCCGCAAAGAAAUUCCCGUCGACCUGCUCUAUGAAGACGAUAAGUGUGUUGCCUUCAAUGACAUUUCUCCACAAGCUCCCACUCACAUCCUGGUCGUGCCUAAGAAACCAAUCGUUCAGCUGUCGCAAGCCGAGGAAGGCGAUGCUGCAUUGUUGGGCCACUUGCUGAUCGUUUCACAGAAAGUCGCUCAAAAAGCAGGCCUGUCAAAAGGCUACCGGAUCGUCAUCAACGACGGGCCCGAUGGAGGCCAGUCUGUCUACCACCUCCACGUCCAUGUGUUGGGUGGACGCGGUAUGGGAUGGCCUCCGGGCUAGCCUUCCUCCUCCUGCUCCCGUCGCCGUGUCGUAUCAACGUCCCUUGUCUGACAUCGGUCCUGUUAAAUGAAACAGCGAAAGAAAUGUGAGGUUUCUGUGGUGUUAAUAAAAUACAUCAGUGUGCUUGAAACUCUUUGAA